ACCUAAAGUAUAAGAUACAUUCCUGAAGUGUCUAAUGCAGAACCACGCGCUUACAUUAGCAGUCGCCCUCCGUGACCGUUUUAAGACGUCAGGUUGUUCAGAGACUCUAAAGAAAACGGAAUUAUUCUUGGUCUGCUAUAAUAUUUGGAGAAUACAAAGCUGUAAUAUUUUUAUAGACCGUACCGCGUUACAAGUUUGACAUCAGGAAAUCUGUAACCAUGUAACAAAUCAUUGUUUCAAUAAUAUGAGUCGCAGUUUUUAUAAAUGUCGCGACUCGUGUACACGAGCUCAUUGACAUGUACGCAGGACGACCUGGUGUGUACGUGGUGCGUAUCCCGAUGUUUAGCCAAGUGUGUCAUUAGGUUCUCGAAGAUACGAGUAGCCGUUAGCUAUGGCUAUGAAACCCUGUAAAUUUAUGAAUUCCUUUACGAACCGGGGCUGACAGAUACUGUGCAAUGUCGGCUGACGUCUUGCAGGACGAGAACGUAGCCUCGAACGGCAACAGCGACUUACAAACCCUGGCACAACCAACCACCACAAGAGGUGGACUCAGGGUAUAUAAGAUUGUCGUUCUAGGCGAUGGUGGAGUUGGCAAGUCAGCCGUUACACUGCAAUUCGUCAGUCACAGCUUUCUUGAUUACCAUGAUCCUACAAUUGAGGAUUCGUAUCAACAACAAGCAGUGAUAGAUGGUGAAGCUGCUUUAUUAGACAUUUUGGACACUGCUGGACAGGUAGAAUUUACUGCUAUGCGUGAUCAGUAUAUGCGUUGUGGGGAAGGAUUCAUGAUCUGCUACUCAGUAACAGACAGACAUAGCUUCCAAGAGGCAUUAGAAUAUCGAAAAUUAAUAUCACGCGUACGCGCCCACGAGGAUAUACCUUUGGUAUUAGUUGGCAAUAAGUUUGAUCUCCAGCACCAGCGUAAGGUGACAACAGAGGAAGGAAAGGCUCUUGCUCACCAACUCGGUUGUCCAUUUUAUGAAACGUCUGCAGCUCUUAGACAUUUUAUAGAUGAUGCAUUUUAUUCAUUAGUGAGACAAAUUCGCGCUAAGGAAAGACCUCGAGGUCCAAUUCGCAAACACAGUCGAUGGUGGCGUCUUCGAUCAAUCUUUGCUUUUAUCUUUCGAAGAAAGCAAAGAAACAGUACACACUAUUCGCCUUAGGUGCAUCUAGCUGCAUAGAAAAUUGUCAUCCUAUUUAAAAAUGCAUUUCGUAUAAUGUUUUAAGGCUCUGUUCAAAUGACACCUGGGACACGUAUUUUUUUUUUUUUACCUGUUUCGUUCAAACAGGCGACAACGAAAUACGCGUGUAUUCAAUGUACUUUGUAUUUUCUCACUUUAGGACUGCCAAUUAAUAUUUGGCUGAGUUGAGUCACCACCUAAAGUGCUCGACGCCUAACGAAUGACCCCAUUUCUUCAUCUAGACUCAAUGUCUACUUUACGCUUUCGAUAUACUAUAUGCCAGCAUAAUCUGUACGUCAUAUUUAAAUGCAAAGGAUGUUCAUGAGAAUAAUAUGUUCCCUUGCACUUUAAAAGAAUUCAGAUGAUGGGUAUUGUAUCGCGUGCAGUUGUCAGCUUUGCGCUUCCUCGAAUUUAUAUUUAUCAACAUAGAUAUGUUGAUGGUGUUGAUGUCGAUAUAAAAUCAGUUUUAUAAUCGUUGCUGAUCGAAUUUUUUAAAUGUGAUUUACGUUGUAAGUAUAUAUCGCGCUUUUCAAUAUUCCUGGUUAUUCCCUUUGAGGGAACUUAUUACUCUAGAGUUACAUAACUUUGGAAAUCUUUUUUGUUUUACUUUUUUUUUUAAAUAAUAUUUCUAAUUCCAUCUAUGGAUAUCGUUUUUAUUUAUUUUCAAUUUAUUUAUUAGCAAUUAUUCUUUUAUAUAAUUUUGGGCUGUCAUGAACAUCACAAAAAUCGAUAUCACGUAAUAACGAAUGUAUCUACUAACGCAUGGAUAUGUAUUGUUAACAAGUAUUGAAACUUAAACAGCACACUGUAUCGAUAAUUCUAUAUGUUUAUUAUAAUGAGAAUUACAAUUAAAACUAGAUUCAUUUAAUAUCCAUUGAAACAGUAAUUACAGCCAUUUACAUUCAAUCUAAAUGCUAUACCUUAUUUAAUAUAGACAUUCUAGUCGCGACUUAACGUUCUCCUAGUCACGUUUUACAUUUUGUUGUACACAUAUUUAUAGACUGUAAAUUGUUGAUGUUCAUGUUGCAUAUUUUGUGCAUCUCGUUCACACGAGUUACGUGUCAAGUGUCUCAGAAAAAUUAUGUCUUGUUAUACAAUCAUAAACAAUUGCACUAUUCAUAAUUCGACAUAAGUAUUAUUUGCCUUUGUUACUCUCACAAAAGUAAAGCUGCUACUUUCUAUUGCAUCAAAAAUCGAUAAAUUUUCAUUAAAACAACAGGACCAAAUCUAAUUAAUUGACUUAAGUAAUUCGCAUAAAACAAUACAAUUUUCUGGUACAGUUGGUACGUACCAAAGUCUAAAAUGAAUGUCGACAAAUUUCUGACACUGAGUAAAGUGCUCAUAUCCUUUGCUUCGACUUUAAAUGUAAUUGGCUAGAAUUAGAAACAUCAUCCUUAAUGAGUAUGAUAUAUGAACAAUGAGUAAAGACACCCAAAAAAAAUCAUGUCCCGUGUUAGGCUGAACAAAUUUAUCUGCGAGCACGCUUAAAGGCAUAUUCAUUAAGGUAAUCGAUGUACGACUGCUGAAGGAUCUUCAUAGAAUUUCCAUGAAAAUGAUAACACAGCAUUUAUUCUAUCAAUAGUUGUGCUGUUUUAUCACAUUUCAAUUGUCAUAUCUUAGAUUCAUAUUAACGUAACGAUGAGCGGGCUAAAAACUGUUACAGUAUUAUUUGAAUGAUACGAAUGUUGUAAAAUGAUCUAUCAAAGGCCGAGUCAAAUCAAAACUAUUGAUACAAUAAGAUAAAUGACAGUAAGAGAACCGACAAUUUGAGUUACAUUACGAGUAACUCACAUUAGUAAAAUAUAUUUCAUCGUGACAAUACAAUGACUAUCUUAAUAAAUAUACAUCCUACGUCUAGCGGGAAUGUAAUAAAUAUUAAAUGCCGCGUACCUAGCUACUCAUAUUUUUAGCGUGUAUUUGCAAAGACAUUAAAAGCACUUAUCCGAACUGAUGGAAAGAGUCGUUUAAGAGUAUCAAUAACGUUUAUACAAAUUCCAUAACGUUACAAGCAAUAAACUCGAUACUUCCAAAGGGAUCAAGAAACAAUACAAAAUAAAGAAAAUCAUAGGUUAUCUAUUGCCACAAAGAAAAAAUCGGACAAUUUACGGCGGAUUUAAUGUAAUUCAUUGUAUCGCAUCACUAAAACAAAAUGCCGAAACAUAGAAUUUGACGUUCGUUCGACAAUCCUUUAACUUUGCCCACACUGUUUUCGUAGGUAGCUUUAAACAUUCAUAAAACUGUAAGUUGUACACGAUUAUUUAAAAUCUGUUCUAAGUGUUAACGCCAGUGCUUGUGUAUACGUAAAUUAUAUAAAAUUUAUUAAAUGAUAAUUUUGAAAUGAUGAGAAAUUGAAUAAAAAUUUCUUCGCACAAAUGUAUAAGAUGUAACAAAAGGAGUCACGCGUAGCGAGAAAUACAGUAGAUAUAUUUUGCGUAUAUAUAAAUUAAUUUAUAGUACAGGUAUUAAAAAUGAUACGGGAUUAGCUCGUAAAGAGGUUGGCGGAUUAUAUUUAUCUGAUAGACAUUAUGAGUUACAACUGAAACAUAUUACAUUUAGAUAUAGGACUGGUAUGUUGUAACGGUUAGACAAAUAUUGGUAUUUUAAUGUAUUUCCAUUGCGACGGAAACAAAAUUUAUUCAAUGAUAUAAUAUCAUUGUAUAACAAUCAAUAGAAGUACAUAAGCGUGCUUAUUCAAAUCCUUCAUAAUUUACCUUAAAGUGGCCUCUAAGGCAUGAUACGGUAAAUUAACUGCCACCAUUGAUAAUAUAAUUUAAUUAUAUGGUUUAUAGGAAGGAUUCGAAUACCUCACAAUAUUCGCACCUAAAAAAAAAGUGUAGAUUAGAAAUAUAAUCAAUUGUAAGUAAAGUGUAAUAAACUGGGAAAGGAGAUAGAAUUGUUACAGCACAGCUAAAGUAAUAAACAGUCUUGUACACUUA